AUGAUAACAUCUCAAACCUCUUCACCAACUCCUCCCAAAUAUUUACAAGAGGAUGGUGUAAGUGAAGAUUGUAAGAAAUUGCUCUCUACCCUACCAAAAGAAAAAGGAUGGAUAGGAUCGUAUAUAUAUAACUAUCAAGGCUUUUGGACAUCACCAAGAUUAAUUCAAGGUGUGAGCCUUUAUGGUCCGUUUUGGAAUCAUGUGUUGGAUUAUUGGGGGAAAAGCAUAGAAAAGCCUAAGAAAGUAAUUUUCUUGAUGUAUGAAGAAAUUAAAGAGAAACCGACAAUUCUGCUUAAACGUUUAGCUGAAUUCUUGGAAUUUCCAUUUUCUAUAGAGGAAGAAAAUUGUGGAGUGAAUGAUGAAAUAUUAAGAAUGUGUAGCUUUGACAAUUUGAGCAAUUUGGAUGUGAAUAUAAAUGGAAAAUUGUCAACCGGAGAGGAAACUAAAAUGCUCUUUCGUAGAGGGGAAGUUGGUGAUUGGAAGCAUUAUUUUACUUUAGAGAUGAGUGAGAAACUCAAUCAUAUAAUUAAACAAAAGUUUCAUGGAUCUGGAUUAAAUUUUUUGUAUAUUUGA